UCAGUGUGUAAGGCUGUGCCACAAUUUGAGGACGCCCUUGAAGUCAGCCUUCAGGCAGCCCAGGCCCCAGCGGGCCGCUUUUUAAGCAUUCAAUGACGCACCUUUCGGCUUCAACGCGACUAACAAUUUUGAUGAUGCUUCGAUGGUUGUCCUGAUUUUUGUGGUUUCCAACGGUCCUCAACGCAACCACAAAUGUGCCUCAAGUCUGCAGCAAUCUGCAAAACUGAAUUUGCCCUGACUUACUCAACGAAACGAUUGAACAUAACAUAAAAAUGUCGAAGAAUGCGAGGCUGAAGACAUGGACAUUUCCACAUCAGAGACAGAGAAACUCCGAGCGGCUUAUUGCCCUCCCCUAGAUGAACCGCUAUUCUAUGCAAUCUGUUCAGAAUAUGAGCUUCCACGAGAUCGAGAUGCCUUGAGCGCAAUCCUUGACAGCCUGAAAGGUAGUGCUUUGGAACAAGCGGACACCGAGUUCGACCCGUCAGGCACAGGAGGCCUAUCACGUGCACGAGAUGCCACGGAAACUUCGCGAUCAAGCCCGGAGGAUAGCUUGUCCAACGGCGUUACGAGUAUCACAAUAGGUCUUUCCGACCUAGGAUGGAAAGAUUCAGAGAGCCUUGGCCACGAUCUGGAUAGUUCGACAUUGGACCAGAAGACAGAUUGGCUGCUGAACAUCUUCCCCGAUAUACCAAGGCGUGAACUGGCCAGUAUUCUCGAAAGUCAUGGUGGCGCUUUAGAUACGGCUACGGACGAGUUGCUGAACUUGUCAUUUCUCAACCAUGGAUAUGAACCAGAACCUGCCGAAGAUGUGCCGGUCCUCAAAAGCAUCGACGCAUUUGUGGAAGGAGUGCAGGAGCCUCGCAAGGGUAGAAGGAAGAAGAAGGCUAGGACGAAUGAGUCAUCACGAGCAAGCUCUGUCUCCUCUCCGACCCAGCAGGGUGAAUAUGCGCCUGCGAACGUGUGGUCCACCAUGAGUCAAGACGUCGACUUCAUCUGUUCAAGAACAAGCCUGCAUCCUCAAAUGGUAAGAUCAACUUACCACGAGCAUGGGGCACGACUGGCGUCAACUAUCCGUGCUUUGGCAGUGAAGGAAGGUACGGAGUGUGGUCGCCUGCAAGAAGUGGAUCCCCUUAUGGAAUUGCAGAUCUCCGAGUUUCAGUCGCAAUUUCACCAUGUGCCAAAGUCGCAGUUGUACGGCGUUCUGAUACUAGCUCGAAAGAUUCCGUCUGCUGCGUACGAGCUGCUAGAAGCUAUGACAGCACCAGUCACAGACGAAAGCUCAGGCCGAAUGUAUGCGCAGUACGCACCUGUUGAUCUAAAGGAAAACACGCCCUUCGAGUCAUCAAAUAGGACCAGCCGGACCAUUGUCAUGGCGGGCCCUGGUAGAGCGUCCGCUGCAAUCUACAGAGCAGCAGCGAACCAGAGCUUCGAUCAAGCUUCAGCUGCGCACAAGAAAAGCAAGUCUGAUAGACUAUAUGGUGGAGUUGCAGCAUAUCACGCGGAGCUCGGUCGCGAACGGGCAAUGGCAGCCAAAGAGCUCAAAGCUGCAGAAGCAGACACUCUUGUAACGCGCCAGUCCUCCUCAAAUGUGCUCGACUUGCACGGAGUGAGUGUUCAAGAUGCUGUGCGCAUUGCCAAUUCUCAGACACAGAGCUGGUGGAGUAGCCUCGGAGAUGCGAAAUACGCCUCGGGAGGAGGUGGCCCUGCCAGAGCCGGCUUCAGGAUAGUGACCGGAGUCGGCACUCACAGUAAAAAUCAUGCUCCCAGGAUAGGGCCUGCGGUUAGCAAGAUGCUUAUUCGAGAGGGGUGGAGAAUAGAGAUUGGUCAUGGUGAGCUAAUCGUGACUGGCAAGAGUCGACGUUGAAUGUCGACUUGGAAGACCGGACACCCAUAAUCUGUGUCUACAUAUACGCGAGUGAAGAAGAAAGUAAAGAGUCGUCAAAUCCCGCAUCAGAAAUGAAGCUACAUUCCAAAUGCUUCAGCCUCAGCCUCGCAACCCAUAAAA